AUGCAAAGAAGGAACACAGACAGCACCCGAAGAACUCAUGUAACCAACACUUUGAAAUGGCUCCCUUACAAAGUGAAUCAAAGCCCUUAUUUUGGAUCCUUCGUCGAUACCCUCGAUAAAAACAAACUUCAUCUCUGCCUUACAAGCCUAAAGACAUGUCCAUUUCUUGUUGAAUUUGAAGCCUUUGAAAUAAAGGAGCAGGCUUCACGACAGGGAUUUGUGUUCAAAACUUUAGAAGAUGUUAUUGACCAGGUUUUUGCUUAUUUGAAAAAGCCUUCAGAAGAACUACAAUUCUCUUACAGCGGAAAACAGAUAACGUUCAAAAUCGUUGUCUCGCGAGAGCUCUGUUUGACAUUGGACUCUCCAACCCGCCAAAUCGAAGAGCCACAACGGAGUUCAAUUUUCCAGUCCUUAUCAAGCUCUUUUUUCGAUAACCAAGUUCUUUUGAGAGAAAUUGUUGACGAUCUUCACAACAUAAUCACUUGCAAGGAUCAAGGGCUGGCCUUUUUGAUGGACAGCCUUCGAGAUGUUGGCUUUGAAAGUCUUAUCAAGAAGUGGGCGCCGAGAGGCUCCUUCAAUCAUGACUUACUACAACCAUUCGACUUUGAUGAGUGGCUUAACAAGUGGCCUUCACCCGCAAAAACACUCCAUCAAGGAACAGGGUACAGUCCUAAGGUUUGCAAGUUUCUACGGCUACUGAGCACUAAACCUAAUUUUGUUAGCCAACAAAACACUUCCGUCUCGCCAAAAGCGCAAACGAAAGUUUUGUCUUCUGGAGACGAGUUCGCCUCAUUGAGCUUCGCAGAAGAUGAGCAGAAUGAAACGCAUUUUUCUCAUGAAUCAGAAUCUGAUGAUACCAAACACCUUUGCGGCCGCUUACAAAGAGCUUCGACGCCCAUUGAAACCGAAAGCUUGGGUAAGCAAAUUCGCCUAGCUGACGUCCCUAUUCUCUCUCCGCAAAAAACAGAGCGCUUAUCUCGUUCCCCGAAACAGCCCUCCCCCACGCCAGAGGGGCAAAUAGAGGACAUGCAGGAACAAUCUGAAGAUCGUUCUCCAAGUCGAAAAAGGCGAAAAUUCGGAAAACUCAGGAUUGAGUGA